AUGGGAGUCACUAUGUCCUGGUCCUCAGUUCUGAAGAGUCUCCUUGCUGUCUGCAUCUUCACUCACUUGUCUGUCAGCUCUGUGGAUGAUCAAUCCAGCAGCCUAAAGAUUAAGGAGAGCAGCUGUUCUGAAGACGAGUGUACUGAACUGGCAUUCUCAACAACACUGGGGAGCCAGCGGACGUUUAGCUAUGACCAUCAAUGCUGCUACACUGAGCAGUGCAACACAAAUGUGAUGUCCAAACGUGAUGAGUCUUUUCCACCUUCCCAACCCCAACCCAAUGGUGUGGAAUGUCCUGCCUGCUACAGUGAGGACGGCAAGUGUGAGCCGGUUCCCCUGAAGUGCACAGGGUUAGAGACGAAGUGCGUUGAGGUUUUUGGUACAGCUUUGAUUAACGGCCCAUUAUACUCGAUUAUACGUGGAAUGGGCUGUGCAACAGAAACCGCCUGCGGGUUGAAGAAUCUGACCAUCCUGGAAAAUGCAAAAAUUGAAACCUUCUGCUCCAGUGAGAGCCCCCCUCUCAGCUCCUUCUCAUCUGCUCUGACUUGUCUCUUCCUACUGAAAGCCUUGCUUUGAUCCCUUGGGGACUGUCACUCCCAUGAUCCUUCCUCACAUUCAGACACAUCAACCACCUUUCAUGACUCCUUUACCCGACA